AUGCACUUCACCAUCCUCCCCACUCUCUUAACAAUCCCCAUCAUCGUCACCGCCACCCUCGACCCAGCAACCUCAAACACAAAAGGCUACAAACCGAAAUCCCUCAACUGCACCGCCUCCAAAAUCUCAACAGCAAUCCAAGCCGCCGAAUGCUCCCACAACACCCGGGUCUCGGGGACCCAAACAUUCGCCGUCUUCGAAACAGACCACCAAUACGACUCGUCCCACGGCGCGCCCGCGCCUGCGUAUGAAGAUCUUGAGGCUGACGAGGACUAUUGGGUGUUUUAUUGGGAUGGGGAGGGGGUUAGUAGUGGGGUAGGGACGGGGUGUAUUGAGGAUCCGAGUACGGGGGAGUGUGGGUGUGAAGAUUCGGAUGGGACGUUUGUUGUUGGGAGUGAUGCUUGUACUUGA